GCCUGUCGAGCCUGUCGAGCCUGUCGAGCCUGUCGAGCCUGUCGAGCCUGUCGAGCCUGUCCAAUCUGCCCAUUGCCGACAGACAGGAAAACCUCGCAGUCAACCGCCCGCAAGGGUCACCCCGAGCUCCUAGCCUCCUACCGACUGCCCGGUGUCGUGAUGCGGUGCGAUUGCGAGGCUCGGGAUCCCCGCGUUUGCCUGCCUCGUCUCCUCUUUCCCCCAACAACCGGGCGGGGGAGGGGAAGUCUGGGGAAAAUGCACCCCAGGUGCGGAGUACAUACCAGGUAGUAGUAGCGCCGCGCCCAUGUGGACCGAAGAACGGGGCGGGCUGGGCGGCCACUGCUAGACGGGCCGACUGCCCUCGGCUGGUGCAGCAGCAGCAGGCCACCAGCCAUGACAGCUGGACAGGCGUCAUUCAAAGAGACAGCACCCCCGGCAGAUCUCGCGGCACUUGCAAGGGGAGAUGGUGCUCCUCCCUUGCUCCCCUAUGACAAUGACAUCUUGGCCUCGGCGGAAAAGCCGGGGCCAGUCGCCUCGAUGCCUCGAUGCCUCCCUCCGUCAUGGUAUACGGAUAUUAAAAAGAGCCCCCGGCCCAGCACCGAGGCUACUAGGUGCAGGCCACCAAGUCCUCAACCGUCGUCGAGAUGGCGUCUCUUGUGAAAGCCCUCCUGGCCGGCUCGCUGUGCGCCUUCGCCUCGGUCCACGCCGGCGUAGCCUCCCCCCUGCGCACCAGGUCAGCCCCCGUCGUCACUGUCAAGAAUGGGACGUACGAGGGUCUCUACAGCUCCGAAUAUGACCAGGAUUUCUUCCUGGGCAUGCGUUAUUCUCAGCCAGCAGAGCGUUUCUCCCUCGCCCAGCCCCUGGACUCGGCAUGGAAUGGAACCGAAACCGCAACGACCUACCCGCCGUCCUGUGUUGGAUAUGGCGGUGAUAACAUUGGCUACUCCAUGUCUGAGGAUUGCUUGUUCUUGAAUGUCAUCCGCCCGGCCGGCAUCGACGAGACGGCCGAGCUCCCCGUCGCCGUUUGGAUACACGGCGGUGGUCUGUACAUGGGUGGGAGUCAAGACAGGCGGUACAACCUUUCCUUUAUAGUCCAGAACUCGGUGGACCUGGGCACCCCCAUGAUCGGCGUGAGCAUCAACUACCGAGUCUCGGCCUUUGGUUUCCUGGCGGGCAGCGAGGUCCUCGAGGCCGGCAUCGCCAACAACGGCUUCCGCGACCAGCGGCUCGCGCUGCAGUGGAUCAACGAGAACAUCGGCAGCUUCGGCGGCGACAAGACCAAGGUGACCAUCUGGGGCGAGAGCUCGGGUGCCGAGUCGGUGAGCGCCCAGGUUUUUGCCUACAAUGGCCGGGACGACGGGCUCUUCCGGGCUGCCAUCGGGCAGUCUGGCUUCGGCGGUGUCCUGUCCAGGUUCCCGGGCGGCGCCAACAACACCGAGGCCAUGGACCAGCUCUACGGCCUGCUGGUAUCGAAUACCUCGUGCGCGUCGACAGCCAACACCUCGGCUUCCCUCGACUGUCUGCGGUCGCUGCCAUUUGACGACAUCAACGCCGCGCUGAACGGGACUGAGGCUGCGCCGUGGCCUCCCAUGCUCGAUGGUGAUUUCAUCGCCGAUUUCCCCGUCAACCAGCUCAGGGAUGGCCGCUUCCCCCAGAUCCCGAUCCUCAUAGGCACCAACACCGACGAAGGAUCCGGAUUCGGCCAAGGUAAGGGCCCCAACGGAGGGGGGGUCAACACAGAUGAUGAGAUGCGGGCCGCUGUUGAGGCCGUCAUGGGCCCCGACGCCCCAACCCAGACGGGAAAGACCCUGGACCAGCUGGUAGACGAGGUACUGGCGCUGUAUCCCGACAUCCAGGCCGUCGGAGUGCCCUCGCUCGACAAGUUCCCCCUCAUCGAGCCGGGUGACUCGAUCGCCACGGAACUGGGGCUUCAGUUCCGGAGGACGGGCGCUUUCUUUGGUGACUUCAUGUUCCACUACCUCCGACGCCGCGCGAGCAUUGCGUGGUCCAACGCGGGCCUGCCCUCUUACAGCUACGAGUUCAACGUCGUCAGUGAAGGCGUACCCAACUACACCGGAGCCACCCACUUUGCCGAGGUCAUGUUCGUCUUCGACAACGUCAACGCACUCGGCUACGACGCCACGACCGUCCCCAUCGCAGAGGAAGGUCCUGUCUACGUGGCGCUCGCCAAGGGCAUCUCGAACGCAUGGGUCAACUUCAUCACCGGCCUCGAUCCCAACGGCGCCGGGCUCGACAUCGACGGCCUCGACGCCUGGCCUGUCUACAACGCGACCGAGGGCGGCGGCGUCGGGAAGGACGUCUUCCUCGACACCAACGGGAGCUCCGUGAUCUGGGACUCGUACCGGGCCGAGGGAAUCAACUGGAUGAUUGAGAACUCGCUGGCGGCGUUUGGUAAUUAA